ACUCGGCAGCGUACGGCGGAGUUACCCGCAGCGAUUUUAGUCGCGCGGUGCCUUGCUGUUGAAAUGACGUAUCGGCAACUUACAACCCGGCCGGCUUUUAACUUACGUACAAGUUAAUACGAAAAUUACUUAAUAACUUAAUUAAAAUUGGUAUUUAAGUUAAUAAAUAAUAACUUGAGUGCGUGAUGAUAAAACAUUUUGUAGUUUGUUUAAAUAAAAAAAAAUUGAACUCAAAAUUCGGUGAUCGUUGCAUUAAUAUAAAUUAAACUUCAAGGUGUGCUGAUGCUAACAAAGUGAAGAUGGACUUGGAUGUAGAAGAUUUGCUGCUCUUCAAUAUGACGAACGAUACGUCGCAGUCAUCGGGAUUUUCAGAACCGGAUUCCUUGAACAUAAUAGUUCCCUUGACCAUAGUUUAUGUGGUCAUAUUCAUAGCAGGAGUGCUGGGGAACAUCAGCACUUGUGUUGUCAUCGCUCGGAACAGGUCCAUGCACACGGCAACAAACUUCUACCUCUUUAGUCUAGCUAUCUCUGACCUGCUUCUGCUAGUCUGUGGUCUACCGCUAGAAGUACACAGACUAUGGAGUCCCAUGUCUUAUCCUCUCGGCGAAGCUCUUUGCAUCACAGUGGGACUAGUAUCGGAGACAUCAGCAAACGCUACCGUGUUGACUAUAACAGCGUUCACCGUGGAACGGUACAUUGCUAUUUGCCGGCCGUUCAUGUCGCACACCAUGUCGAAGUUGUCCAGAGCGGUGCGGUAUAUUAUCGUCAUCUGGAUAUGUGCGUUAUGCGCUGCGGUGCCGCAAGCGAUGCAGUUCGGUAUAGUGAUGUACAGUGAGAAAGGACAGAAUAUAAGUGCGUGUACAGUUAAAGGUCACGGCGUGCAUCAAGUGUUUGUGAUAUCCAGUUUUGUGUUCUUCGUGGUGCCGAUGUCUUUGAUCACGGUGUUGUACGUACUGAUCGGUGCGAAGCUGCACACGUCACGCGUGUUGCAUCCGUUGAAGAAGUCCUCGAUGGAGAGCAGCGAACGGCCCAACGGAAUACCGCGGUACAGGAAUGGUGCCUCACAGAGACGGGUCAUUAGGAUGCUGGUUGCGGUGGCGCUGUCUUUUUUCCUAUGCUGGGCGCCUUUCCACGUGCAGAGGUUGAUUGCCAUCUACGGGAAGAAUUUGGAGCACCCCACUGAUACAUUUUAUAAGGUGUACAUAGUGCUGACCUACAUAUCGGGGGUGCUGUACUUCCUGUCCACGGCAAUCAACCCCUUCCUGUACAACAUCAUGUCGAACAAAUUCAGAAACGCUUUCAAGUUGACGCUGUCAAUGUGGUGCAGCAGAGACGAUCCCCGGCUAGAGCGGACCUACAGCGCGUUGCUGGCCUCCAAGAGGCAACGUGCUGCGUCGAGAGCUACGCAGAGGCAGCGGUACCCUCGAUUGCUGUGUCGCCUGUCCACUGCCUCGUCUCAACUGGGCGACGCGCCGCCUCGAGCGCAGUCCUACCACCGAAGAGAUCUAUCAGUCGUGAACGAGGUGCCAGGCGCGACCUGGCUCUGGCAGCAACGCCUUGUUGAAGGAUCAGAUUCGUUCACUUCGCCGCGAAGCAUCUCAAACUCCAGUUUACACGAAGUAGACCAGGAGCUGAGUGGAGAAGAAUUGGCAACCUUUUUGUAUCAAGUAAAUUGUAAUAUAGGCGGAAUUACUUGAGACACGUCUGUUUAGAGUACCCUGAGUGGUACUCUAAACAGAGCUGACUAUGUAACGGCAUAAGUGCUUGGUGUGUAAUCGAUCGAACGUGUCGGAGUGAUCAGAAGAGUUACGUGUAGAAAGAACUUUAUGUGUACGAGUAUUUUCUUGAGCUUGUACUUUUUGUAUAGUUUGACCAGAAAAUUAAAAUGACGUCAUAUUGCGGAAAGAAGAGGAACUAAUUUUAUCACAGACCACCGUAACUCUGUGAAUUUUUGAACUUAAUCAGCUUACUAAUGACCAACAUCAGGGGUGGCAAAGCGCAAAGCUACUGUUACAUAUGCUCAUUUCAAGCACGAAAGCAUGCUACUAUUGACCACUUAUUAGCAUCUGAAUCGCAACAUUGCUAAUGAAUGCGCAAGAAUCAACAGUCAUGCGAUUUAUGAGCAUGCUACUUGCUGCGUGCUUAUUGAGUAUGCUGGUCGAUCAGCAUUCCUAUUCUGUAUUCUCUUCACCUUCAUCUCUCGCUGUCUAACACGAUACUAUAGACAGAGAGCGUUAGAUACAUUCGAUUAGCAUGUGUAAUUGGAAUGUUUGCUUUGAGCAUGCUUAAUCAGGAGCAUACUUAAAAAUAGCAUGCUUAUUGCUAGCAAAUGUAAACUGAUGAUAAGCAUGCUCAUAUGGAGCAUACUUAAUAGCACGUGUUUUCAUGCUAUUUUAGAGCAUGUGUAACAAUACCUUUAGAUUUAACGUUUUCUAAGUUCUGUGUAAGCACUCUGAAUCUUUUUUUUAUACUUCUGGUCAGACUUUGUUAUGUCAGGUUGAGUAAAGUCAAAUCAGUCCAGUCUACGUCCGUUUUCAAGUCAAGUUUAAAAUUAGAAUUAGUAAAUAAAUCCUUUUCCUUGCCUCUCCAAAAGAUGUUUUUACAAAUACCAUGUACCUAUAAGUAUGUGCCUAAGCAUAAGUAUGUGUUAUAAUAAGAAUACGUACUGUAAGUAACUAGAUACUAAAAACCUCUUUUAAAAAAUGUUCUCUCUAAAAUGUCGACUGCAAACAUUUCCUCGAACCCUCACCAAAAUGUAGGUACCUACCAGUUAAUGGAUCUGUUGUUAUUGCAAACAAAUCACCGAUUACCUGAACUGAAAUUAACAUUUAUAGCGCUUUUUUAUUUUGAUAGACGUUGUUUUUUGCAAUUUAUAACCGAAUAUUUUGGUAAUUAAUAACCAGGCGAUGAGGAAAUGUUACAUUGAACUAAUUUUAAGACAAUGGUCUUUAAAAUCAAAUGAUGAAUGUUAAUGUACGAGUAAUUUUUAUCUUGUUUAAGUAAGAUGAAAUGAAAUUUACGCAAAUCUAAGAUGUAUUAGGUCUUUACAUUAGGAAAGCGGCGUUUUGUUGAAUGGGAAAAUUGGGCAUGUAUCAAUAUGUGCACUUUAGCACGGCUAAAACUAACGAGACACAACGUCAGAGUUUAACCGACUAGUUUCAUAUGGGACCCUUGGUCAUGAGCUAGUUCUAGCAACGCGGCGUGAAACAAACAUUUAAUAUGAAUAACAAUCACGAUAGUUUAAAUUCUAAAAUAUUAAUAAUUUUCAUUUCAUGGUUAUACAUACAUAUGUAUAUCAAAUUUAAAGAGGAGAUAUUGUUUACAACAGUCUAUAAAUAUAUUUACCAACACCACAUCGCUGAAAAAAUACAUGAUAUGUUUUUCAUUCCAACGAUUUCGUUUUGAAAACGUUCACCUUCAGAAAAAAUGUGAAUAGAACGAAGAUAACGAAGAAUUAAAAGCGAAUCCAUCUCAAAUCACGUCAGUGAGCGGCGGGCUUCGUUGUGAUUGAUGAAACAGUUUUAAUUCACUGGAAACAAAUCGGAGAAGUGAAAAAAUUAGGCAAUCUAAACUCCCUUCAAAUGUUUUAUUAAUUCUCAUACAAAAUUUUCAAUAAAUAAAUCUGCAAACUAUAAAUUUUCAAUAAAUAAAUCUACAUACUACCUGUGCUUAUAUCAAAUAACAGCUAUUUUGUAUUCUUUUUCUGCUUUAGAUUUUUUCCAUGUAAAACGCCAUUUUCAUGUGUAAGGAACUAAUAUUAUAAUUGAUCUCUAUGGUUGCUAAGCUUUUCCAUCUUGAGGAGAGAAAAGUUUUUUGUUCAAAGGAGAUGGUCAAAUAAGGAACUAACUAAGUAUACUAUACCGUUAAAAAAUGAAAAAAAUGCCGUUUAAACAGGGGUAUUAUUUAAAAUAAAUAAGUGGAAAAAUCGAACGAAGUAACUUUCCAAAAAUAAAAAUAAGUUUUCGAGAUAAUACAAGAUGGCGCCCUUUUAAUAGUUCACAGUAAAUAGGACAUCAAUCCACUUUAAUUACGCUCUUUGUACCUAUUGUAUAUCUUGGAGAGUUAAUAUUAAUUUGACUAAAAUACAAGUUAAUUCAGAAAUUCGUGAUCAAUCAAAAUUUCAAUGGCUUACGACUUUUAUUUUCCAUUUUUAGCACGCAUUUUACCGGUUUUUAUUACAUUACUAGCUGACGCCGCGCGGUUUCACCCGCGUGGUUCCCGUUAACGUAAGAAUACGGGGAUAAUAUAUAGCCUUUAGCCUUCCUCGAUAAAUAGGCUAUCUAACACUGAAAGAAUUUUUAAAAUCGGACCAGUAGUUCCUGAGAUUAGCGCGUUCAAUCAAACAAACAAACAAACAAACUCUUCAGCUUUAUAAUAUUAGUAUAGAUUUAUUCACUACAACGAUUAUCCCUAGGCUAUAUACAAUUAUGGACCAUCUCCUUUGAAUGUAUUCAUUGAUUGAAGAGUUAACAUAUUUUUAUAGUAAAAAAAACUAUUAAUAUUGUAAUCUAAUUACAUAUUGUACCUACGUUGGAAACUUGGUGGCCUAACAUAGAUAGAAAUAAAAUAGAUAGACAAAUAAAGAAGCUAACGAUUACUAAACAAAUGACUAGCUGUAAUAUAUCUUGCUAUAUAGGUUCAUGACUUUGCAAAAGGGCUUUAAUUUAUAUUAGCUUCACUCAUGUAUAUGGUGAUAAAGUUUUAAUAUUCAAUUGAAUUUCAUGAUUUAUGUUCUCAAAUUUUAAUUAGGUGUUUACAGCGUCUAUACAUAUAUUAUACCUGUAGGUUGAAAACUCGGAAUUUUCUUUUAACAUCGGCCGUUUUAAACCAUUGGUCGACGUUCUUUUUAUUUUUUUUUAAACAUAUACGGAUAUCUGUCGCAUUUAUUGAUUGAUAUUGUAUAUGCAGUAUAAUUGUAAAAGCAAACUUAAGUUGAAAUAAAACUUUUCUAGGUAGGUACUAGACUACAUUUAAAUUUGCGAUUGUAAAUAACACCACAUUGGAACAUAUUUUAGGUAUAUGCCUACAUUUUCUUCUAAAGGUUGUUGUUUUCCUGUUUGUGUAUUAUAAUACGAUAAAUUAAAUAAUAGGAAAAAUUUUGAAAUCGGAGAGGGCAAUAUUAAAUGAUUUUACCUCAAAACCAACACUUUCAUACAAAAAUAAAUAUUUCAUUGUAAUGGAAAUUUCUCCUGGAUUAAUGUUUAUUUAUACUUAUUUUCUGUAUUAUUAUAUCAAUAUAUAUAUUUAUAUACGGAGAAAAAUAUUUUUAAAAUUCGUAUGCUCGUUUGGUCUUGCUGGCCUAUUUACUAUUUUGGUCUUUAUUAUCAACCUAUUUGUAGAAUGCAAUCAUAGACUAAUGAGUAAACAAAGAGUCUAUGGAUGCAGUACAUACCAAAGACAAAAUACGUAGCUAUGUUGACAUCUGUCAGAUAGUUGAAUACCCCACACCACCCCCACACUACGCACAGUACAAAGGUAUAAAAGACGAACGCCAAGCAGAGCCGAGUUUAGUCUGAGUGAACAAGCGGGUGAAACACUACAUUGGCGACGAGGUGAAAACAAAAAAAGAAACAAAAACUGUAAGUAGUUUUCGUAUUCCGUAAAAUUGUUGUGUUCUGUUAUUUGGUAAUUAGCAAAAUCGCUGCUCCAGACUACGGACCUGGUUUUUGGCCGCCGGUCUGGUUUGCAGCGACUAAGCUAAAACUUUUCUUCAUCGAAAAUAGUUAAAUCGCUAACCAGACUACGGACCCGGUUUUUGCCUGCCGGUCUGGUUUACAGCAAUUUAGCUUAAACUAAGUCACUGUCUAUCUAGACUACGGACCCGGUUUCUGCCUGCCGGUCUAGUUUUCAGCGACUAAGCUAAAAAAACAGAGAUGAGGAAGAGAAUACUUAAAAGCAGUAAAAAGAAUCCAACAAUGCGGGUACUCACUUUUGAUAAAAGGCAGAUGGUCGAAUGUUAUAUUAUUUUUAGUACUUUUGCAUAAUUAAUGUCGUUUAUGGUUAGUAGAAUCAUCGAAUGAAGUAAAUUAUGUGUGAUGACAAAUAUUUAAUAAAAAUAUUCUUAAAAAUGUAUAAAAGAGACAUGUUGAGUGGCAGGGCAAUCUGAGUGCGCGAGUGAUAAGUCAAUAGCUUGUAUAGUUACUUUUGCUGGGUAAAGCAACCCUUAAGCCGGGAUAGCAUCCCGCCGGUGCUCAGUGAAUGGUAAUUAGCUCGCUGGAACUGACUGUCGCUGCGCGAGUGAUAAGUCAAUAGCUAGUAUAGUUACCUUCGCUGGGUAAAGCAAUCCGUAAGCCGGGACAGUAUCCCGCCGGAGCUCAAUGAAUGGUAAUUAGUUGGCUGGAACUGACUAUCGCUACACCUGCUGCUGGUGAUACAGCCAGUAUGGUGGUUGUAAGUCGGUAUAUUCCGCAGUAAAUAAGUACCCACGUAAUUUGCCUGCUGCAGUGACUGUCUCACAGCUUGUACUUAAUGAGAAUGAAAACUCCGUAGCCACUGCACUGUGGAUAUCUCCAAUGGUCCCGAUUCUCAAGGAAAAUGGAGAAAUACGAAUUUGUAUUGAUAUGCGCCGAGCUAAUACAGCAAUAAUCAGAGAGAAUCAUCCUCUUCCUACAAUGAAUCAGCUACUUCCAAAAGUUAGAAAAGCAACGAAAUUCUCUCGACUUGAUGUGAAAAAUGCUUUUCAUCAGAUUGAACUUCACCAGGAUACUAGAUACAUCACAACUUUUAUUACAAAUAAGGGCUUGUUCAGGUAUAAGCGACUAAUGUUUGGUAUAUCUUGCGCCCCGGAAUUAUUCCAGAAGAUAAUGGAACGAAUUCUUACAAAAUGCGAGGGAACUAUAAAUUUUAUAGAUGAUAUUAUAAUUUUCGGACAAAAUGAAAAGGAACAUGAUUUGAGACUGCGUAAAACAUUAGAAACCUUAAAGGAAAACAAUGUUUUACUGAAUAAUGACAAAUGUAUCUACAAUGUAAAUAAAAUCGAAUUCUUAGGACACGAGCUCUCAGCUGACGGGAUAAGACCUCUUGACAAAUAUAUAAAUAAUAUCCGAACUUUCAGGGCUCCAAAUACGAUAGAAGAAUUGCAAAGCUUUUUGGGAUUAGUAAAUUUUGUAGGUAAAUGGAUAUCAAAUCUAGCAACUCUUACAGAACCACUCCGGAAGUUGUUAAGGCUUAAAUUGAACAAAAAUGCAAAUAUCAAAAAGUUUUGGAUAAAUGAAACUGAUAAUGCUUUUGCAGAACUUAAAAAAAAACUAACUACUAUUAAAACUUUAGGCUAUUACGACCCUGAAGAUGCAACUCAAGUUUUAGCUGAUGCGAGUCCAGUUGGUUUAGGGGCCGUACUUGUGCAAAUUAACUCUCAUGGCCCACGGAUUAUAGCAUAUGGAAACAAGAGCUUAAAUGAAGUUGAGAGGAGAUAUUGUCAGACUGAAAAAGAAGCAUUGGCUCUUGUCUGGGCAGUCGAGCAUUUUCAUAUUUAUUUAUAUGGGAAGAAAGAGUUUCAAUUGAUCAGUGAUCAUAAACCAUUGGAAAUAAUAUUUGGGAAAAGCUCUAAACCGUGUGCUCGUAUAGAAAGAUGGGUUCUUCGGUUGCAGUCGUACAAUUACAAAAUAGUUUAUCGACCGGGUAAGACUAACAUAGCAGACCCUCUUUCCAGACUUUGUGCCAGUGAUUACAACUACCCAAAUUCAGUGUUGGGAGAGAAGGAUGAAUAUAUUAAUCAACUUAUUGAAAAUAUAAGACCUAUAGCAAUACCACUACAGGACAUUGAAAAAUUUUCUAGCGAAGAUCCGGAAAUCGCUAAAAUUAAACGAGGUCUAUAUGAGAAUACAUGGGAUCCUGCUAUAAUGUAUUAUAAAAUAUUUGAAACGGAAUUAUGUUUUCAAAAUAACAUUUUACUAAGAGGAAAUAGAAUUGUUAUUCCAGUUGCUUUGAGAGAAAAAGUGUUGAGAGCUGGCCACGAAGGACACCCUGGAAUCGUGUGCAUGAAACAACGGUUGCGUACCAAGGUUUGGUGGCAAAAAAUCGAUAAAGAUGCAGAAUCAAUAGUAAAGAAUUGUAAAGGUUGCACAUUAGUAUCGGCUCCAAACCCACCGAUUCCAAUGAAGCGCCGCGAAUUGCCUCUGGAGCCAUGGAUUGAUGUCGCAAUGGACCUAUUGGGACCGCUACCUUCGGGAGAACACUUGUUAGUGAUAAUCGAUUAUUACAGCCGUUACAAAGAAAUAAAAGCAACUAAAGAUAUCAGUUCAACACAGAUAAUAAAGAUAAUAAUGGAAAUAUUCUCAAGACUAGGGUACCCAGUUUCAAUUAAUGUAGAUAAUGGAAAACAAUUUAUCAGUCAAGAGUUUAAAAAUUACCUUAAAGAAUGUGGUAUAUUACUUCACAACAGCAUUCCUUAUUGGCCUCAGCAGAAUGGAGAAGUAGAGAGACAAAAUCGAAGUAUACUUAAACGCCUUAAGAUAAGCCAGGUAGAAAAAAAUAACUGGAAAGAAGAUUUGUAUAAUUACCUAAUGAUGUACAAUAGUACUCCACAUAGUGUUACAGGCAGAACACCAGCCGAAUUAUUUUUCAAAAGAGUUUUCAGAGACAAAAUCCCUUCAUUUCUGGACAUUGAAAAUAAUAAUAGCAGACGCAGACAAGGUUAGAAAGGAAAAAGGUAAAGCUUAUAGUGAUCGCAAAAGAAGAGCUAGAAAUCAUUCUAUAAGGGAAGGAGAUAAAGUGUAUAUAAGAAAUUUUCACAAGGAAAACAAAUUGGCUACGGAGUUUUCACCAAUUCCUCACACUGUCACAAAAAGUAACGCAGGAGCAGGAGAAGUAGAAGUAAAAAAUAGUGAAAAUGGCAAAUGUUAUCGUAGAAACGUUAUACAUUUAAAAAAAGUUGAAGGAGGAUGGAGAAUCCAAAAUAAAAACCAGGAAGAAGAAAUUUUGACUGAUGAUGAAGAUAACGAAAAUUCAAUUGAAAACGACCAGUAGUAUAUAUAAAAAUAAUUAGAUCUUUAUUAUUUAAUUAUUAAAAUAAACUAUUGAUUAACAGUGAAAUAAUUGUAAACUAUCUGCGAGAAUAAAUGGUUGGACAAAUUAACGUGUUAAUAUGAAUGAAAAUGAAAAAAUAAAAAAUAUAAAUAAAUAAAUAAAAAAAAAAAAAAAUAAAGAAAAAAGGGAAAUAGAUGUAGAAUGCAAUCAUAGACUAAUGAGUAAACAAAGAGUCUAUGGAUGCAGUACAUACCAAAGACAAAAUACGUAGCUAUGUUGACAUCUGUCAGAUAGUUGAAUACCCCACACCACCCCCACACUACGCACAGUACAAAGGUAUAAAAGACGAACGCCAAGCAGAGCCGAGUUUAGUCUGAGUGAACAAGCGGGUGAAACACUACACUAUUAAAAUUAACAUCAAAUCAAUUGACAAAAUGACAUCUAUAGCUUGGCAAAUUUGUUCGUAACGCUCCCAAUGGUCCGCGUGGGCCGGGACGGGAUGACCCGCUCGCACGACUUCAUACCCGCACAGUCCUUCCCUCUGCCCCCGCGCGCUCGACUUCACACCCGCACAGUCCGUUCCCCCCGACGCCCGCAUAUCAUGAGAGUGUCAUCAACGAACUUGCCAAGCUAUGCAUACUGUAUGAUAUCCACCAGUAAGCACCGGAUGACAUUUAUUACAUAGAAUCUCAAUUUCGUAUAUAAGUCAACUAGCUUAGGUCAAAGAUAGUGAAUAAGCCUGCAGAUCCUUCAAAAAUUUCAAAUCAAGUGUGCAUUUAACACACUUGAUUUGAAAGUGUGAUAGCUUAUGAGUUUAAAAAAAAAUACACAACACAAAAGUGCAACAAACAAUAUCAAAAAUAAUAAUUUUAUUUGAGCUGUAUUAAAGGAAAGCUUUUGUUGGUUAUCUUAUUGUGAAAUUCACAGUUAAAAAUGUAAAUUUCUGUGAGUGUGUUUGUUCAGGUGCGAUGGAAAACUGUACAAAUAAAACCAACGUUCGUUAGCGCCAGGACUUUUCAAUUGAGACGGAUAAUAACCACUCAGUGAGUUUAAAAGAAAUGAAAUGGUUGUGGUAUUUUUGCCAAUUCAAUGAUUUCUUCACUGCGGAGGAGGAAUCAAUACCGGGAUCGGACCGAAACAGGCCAUGGGUUUGAAUUUCUUGACUUUUUAGAGGAAACGACAAUAUUGGCCAUUGAAUUCAUACAUAUUCAUCACUGGCGGACGACUCCGUCCGAGGAGAAAUCAAUGUAAAUUUUCAAAACCUUAUUCACCUAUAUUUCACCUUAUUAAUUAUAUUCACCUUAUUACCAAUUUAUUUACAUGUUUGUAGUGCUUGCCCGAAAGGGCUCUAGCACGAAUAGCUCUUCUUUAAAAAAUACAGUAGUUACAUUAAAAUACAAUAUCUGCCUAUUCACUUGACUCCUAAAUGGAUGACCGGUUCAUCGUAUCCGUUACGUGACGUGAUGUAAACAAAUACAAAGUAAACUAAGGGCAAUAGGCGAGCACAGUAUCAUGCUCCACGCGCUAGAGGAAUAUAAAGAUUUUUUAAAUAGCUCACAACGGUAGAUUAAAACCGCAUUCCUUGACUGUCGGCUUCUUCAACGCAGACGGGCUUUUCGAUAAAAUACUCGCGGGCAGCGAAUCGUUGGUACAAUAAACAAUGUAAAUAUAUGACUGGUUGGUGGGUAAAAUACGAAAUGUAUAGAUAUGUUAUAGGUUAAUGAAAUUAUUGUACAUGUUUUAAUUGUUUGUUGUUGAUAAAUAAAUGCAUUUAUAAUAUUA